AAAUUAAUAAAACAAAAAUUCACACACAGAUGCAGACAAUUUAUUUGCUCUAAAAUCAGAAGAUCAACAGAGACACAGACAUACUAAGUUCACAGACCAAACAGCCAUGGAUGUUAUCAGUCAGUUGCAGAGACAGUUUAUUGAUUACACUUCGUCUCUUUAUCGUGAGGGAUACCUGGAUGACCAGUUCUCUCAAUUGCAGAAACUGCAAGAUGAGAGCAACCCAGAUUUUGUGGUGGAAGUUGUGACUCUUUUCUUUGAUGACUGUCAGAAGCUUGUUCAGAAUAUGGCCGAAGCUCUGGAGCAACAAAAUGUAGACUUUAGGCUGGUAGAUUCCCAUGCUCAUCAAUUGAAGGGUAGCAGUUCCAGUGUUGGUGCAACAAGAGUUAAAAAUGCCUGCAUUGCCAUCAGAACUUAUUGUGAGGCCCAGAACCGUGAAGGUUGCUUGAGAAGCCUGCAACAAGUGAAUCAGGAAUACUCUGUAUUGAAGAACAAGUUUCAACAGCUGUUUAGAUUGGAGCAACAGAUCAUUGCUGCAGGUGGGUCAGUUCCUAUAGUUGAAUGAGGAUGCUGAUAUUAUUCCUUGUGGUGAAGCAUUGAGACUGAACUAUAUUUGUCACAGCUACUCUUAUAUGAGUUUUUAUUGUUCCAAAGUCUAGCUCCUUAAGGUUGAUAAAGGAUUGUCUUAGAUUAUUCUAAAGCUUCUAUUAGAGGAGAUUGCAGGUGUGAAUAAAUUUUACCUCUGCUGCUGAAAAGCUAUGAGUUUCUUUGCUGUUCAGUGGGCUAAAUUCCUAGAUCGAUCAAUCUGGUUAGAAGUCUGAUGCUGAAGUUUUCCCAUUAUCCUUGACUUUCACCUAUUUUUAAUCCAGUGUAAUGGUGUGGAUCCCUUUUAUUGCAUAAGACUAUGUUUGGUGUUUGAACUUUCUUGCUAAAACUUUACAUUUUUUUUUAUAAGCCACCAACCAAAUGAAGGUUUGUAAUCUUUGCUAGAAUUAUAGCUGGUUAUAUGGUAUGAGUGUGGAGUCUUGCUAGAA